AUGGAUGAGCCACGCUUCGCACAGCCGAUACCAAAUGUAACCGUUGCUGUCGGUCGAGAUGCCAAUUUGCCAUGCGUAGUCGAGCACUUAGGGGGAUACAAGGUCGCCUGGAUCCACAUCGAUCGCCAAAUGAUACUGACAAUUCACAGACAUGUCAUAUCUCGCAUACCACGCUACAGCAUCACCUAUGAUAAUGCCAAUACAUGGCUGCUGCAUGUAAAUCAGGCGCAUCAAGAUGAUCGUGGCUAUUAUAUGUGCCAAGUAAAUACGAAUCCAAUGAUUAGCCAAGUAGGCUAUUUGCAGGUUGUGGUACCACCGAACAUACUCGACAUCGAGAGCACUCCUUCCUCAGUGGCGGUGCGUGAAAAUCAAAAUAUCAAUAUGACUUGCCGCGCUGAUGGCUUUCCAACGCCGAAAAUAAUUUGGCGGCGCGAAGAUGGUGAAGAAAUUGCCGUCGAAAAGAAGAAGAAAGUUUUAGUUUACGAUGGCGAAGUGUUGCCAUUGACGAAAGUAAGCCGCAAUGAAAUGGGUGCUUACCUCUGUAUAGCCACCAACGGUGUACCGCCAUCAGUGUCAAAGCGAAUUAUUUUGGAUGUUGAAUUUUCGCCUAUGAUUUGGGUACCCAAUCAACUCGUCGGCGCGCCAGCAGGUACAGAUGUCACAAUUGACUGUCACACCGAGGCACAUCCUAAUGCUCAUAUGAAAUUGACUAUAAGAAAUUUACAAUAUGGCGACUUUGGCAACUACCGAUGCAUAUCCAAGAAUUCACUUGGCGAAACGGAAGGUUCCAUACGCGUCUACGACAAUAUAAUACCCACACGAAAUGAUUCAACGAAUGCACUACAAAAAGACAUUCAUUCGAUGAAAGCAGAUCUGCUGGGUAGUGGUGCAUCGUCGGCUUCUUCAUCGCACUCUGCCACAAUUUCCAUGUCUGCGGGAAAUGGCAAUGGCAUGUCUGCGCUGGGAGGGGCGAGUAUAAAUGCAGUCGAUCGCAAAGGCACGCUGGCUAUUGGCAAAAGUAUGUAUUAUACCGAACAGCCCCCGAAGCAAUUGGAUGGCUCUGCAGUACGCACCGUAGACGCUUACAGCAACAACCAGCAGUAUAUACCGCUGGCAUUACCCGCUGUGGUGCUGUAUUGCACCAGCCAGCCACCGGAUCAACAGUGUCAUUUACAUGCAAAUGAUGCAAGCAAACCGUUGGCGCUCAACGGACUACAACAAACUACUGUUGUCUCAACCGAAGCGGGGCUGGUUUUUCAACUAUGUACUACAACUACAACUACAACUACAACUACAACUACAACUACAACUGAUAUUACCAGACAAAAGCUCAUUGCAACAAAAAAUGCAAAAACUCUUUAA